AGAGAGAGAGAGAGAGAGAGAGAGAGAGAGAGAGGACUGUAGAGUGAUGGGACCCGGCUGAGAGAACGGCAGCGAGUAUUCACUCCCCGAGCUGUUAAUGACAGCAGGUAGGCAGAUGUGAAGGAUGACUUCUUGUUCAGAGAUCUGUGGGUCCGAGUAUGGUGAACAAGCUCACGCCAACGGGAAUUGCCAGCAGUAUGGGGUCCGCUCCUACCUACACCAGUUUUACGAGGAGUGCACAGCUUCUAUCUGGGAGCGUGAUGAAGAUUUUCAGAUUCAGAGAUCACCUAGCAGGUGGAGCUCUUUACUCUGGAAGGUCUGUCUCGCGUUCGGAUCCCUGAUACUGUUUGCAGGACUCAUUGUUGUUUUGGUGGGUUAUGCCACUCCAGUCAAGAUAGAAGCAUUUGGGGAAGAUGAUCUUCUUUUUGUUGACAGCCACGCAGUCAGUUUCAACCGUGCAUUGGACGUGUGCAAGCUGACUGGCGCCGUGUUGUUCUGUGUGGGAGGCACCUCCAUGGCUGUGGGUCUCCUGCUGUCUGCCUUUGCCAAAAGCUACUCCAAGGAGGAACUGUAUCUGCAGCAGAAGUUCAAGGAGAGGUUGGCAGAUCUGCACGCAACAGUCGGUACUCCCAUAAUGAAAGCACCAACCCCCGGGGAGGGAAAGGUGCCCGUCACACUUUCCAAAGUCCAGAACAUACAGCCAGGCACCACCAAGUCAGAGACCUGACAGAAGACCAAAUGAAGAGUGAAGAAUCGUGUGAGAUGAUGGAUUCAGUGUUCAGACUCGAGUCGACACGCGUGUGCAAGUGUGCAUUUUCUCGUUUUAAAGGUCGGCUUACAUCGUUGACAUUUCUGGUUCAUCAUCUUUAUUUGUUGAUUUGGCAUUUAAACUUCAUUCGAGAUGUAUAGGAGCAGAGUUAAUAUAGCUGAGGAAUGUUCAAGCAUUGCAUAACAGUGAUUUGACAAAGCACGCGCAGGUCUUCAGUCAUUCCCAGAAAAACAAACAGCAGAAACAAAUCAACGACAGCGUCAUAGCUUGAUCUUUUUCUCUACUGGGUGGUGUGCAGAGCAGCAGAGGCCGUAUUGUUUGAAGUUAUUGAGGAUUGGCCCUCAUCAGCCAUUAUCUCUUUGCCUAUAGAUUCUAAGAAGGAGAUAAGAGGAGGGCAUUUCCUGAGUGCAGAACACUUUGUGUGUGCUGUGUGUAAAUGUAUGUGCUGUGCGACCUAAUUACACCGCUAAGAACUGUCCAUUCCAAAUAUUACUACAUGUGCUUUACUGCGGCCGAAUUAUUCUUUUAAGCUUUGUUUACAUGCAACAAUGAGCCUAGAAAAGUCCCACUUUGCUUCACACGUCAUCAGAACAGAUUAUAAAUGAACACUGAUUCAAACAGACCUUCAGGGUAGACUUUCCACUGACAUUUCUCUUGUCCUAUUAGGUGUCUGACCUUGUCUCCUUCAGAAAAUCAUCAAACGCGAUCGAUAGAGCAGAAAGCAUGAUGAAAGAUACACUGAACCGGACGUAACGUGCAGAAAAACAAAGUCUGACGCUCAAUAACAAAAUGAUAGUCAAGCAGAUUAUUUUCUCGUUAAAACGAGGCAUUCAUCACGUCUUCUAUCGGUUUUCCAUGGACUUAUUGUAUUUGUUUCGUUCUCUCCCUUUGACUAAUCCAAUCAUACACACACCAACCUGUCCAUCCAGGCAAGCACAUUUUUGCAGUUAGCGGUUGGUAAAGAAGAAACGUGCAAGUGCUGCGUGUUCAAAUGAAGACCGAGUGGGGGCGCACGGACAAACAGCGUGACGGAUGAUGUUACAUAACGAGGGCGGUGAGGAGAGCACAGCUACAUCACAUCUGAUUUGUUUACAUUCUGUCUGGAUCCACGGAUGCUCUCGACAACACUAACUGCCUCCAUGUGCUCACAAACUAAACUUGAAACUACAUUAUGCAGGAAGCUAAACAGCUUACAGUCUGUAUGUAUCAUCGAAGCCAUCAUCUAACAGGUUGCAUACCACCAAAAACAUUUUAGGUCUUUUCCUUUUUUCAUUUAUUUUUAUUUUUUGCACUCACUCUUUUACCUACAAGCAGGCGUAACUACGUUUUGCUGCUUUUCAAAACUAUAUACUGUAUCUACGUAUGUAUUUGAAUACAUAUUUUAAAAUGUUGUGACCCUGCCUUUUUAAAUUGUUGUUAUUUGUUGCUUAUUCUUUCAUUGCACACAGAUACAGUUCUUUUACCUUUGUCUAUUCUUUUAUAGAUAGAUAGUCAGCGUUCAUGUGCCAUCAAGCUACUGUGCUUUGUUUUUCCAAACCGUUCAUCCCCUUUUUAAAUCCAUGCGAGACAUGUACUGUGUGAAAUGAUAUAUGCUUAUAGACUGCUUCUAUAAACAUAUAUCCUAUGAGCUUUUGCUCUGCUGGCUCUCAUGUGUUAAUGUAAAUGGUCCUUUUUAUUUAUCUCACAACCUCCAUUCCAUGCUAGUGUGUCGAUGCAUUUGAUCUCAGAUACAACUCAAACAUGUAGCUUUAACUAUGAAAAACAAUUUACUUAUAAUCAAGACAUGUUCAAGGAAUUUACGCUGUUAAGCUUUAAACCUACAGUACAAGAAGAAAAAGAAAACUGUUAAACAAUCGGUUAUCAAAAAACCUUCCAGUGUAGUCAGAGGGUUUUCAAAAUAUCAAGAAAUGUGAUGACUUGUUCUUCCAUGCUGUGGAUUGUAAAGGAUGUUUUAUCCUUAUUUUGCCCCAAGUUGAGUUUUACAUUACAAUUUAAAAUUCAUGAUGCAUAUUCUUCUGCUUCUAAUCUAAUCAUUUCCCAGUUUAAGUGGCACUUGAUGUAAAAGUCGAUUAUCCCAGUGCAUAAAACAAAGAUUGGAUUGAAUAAAGAACAAAUACACAUAUAUAUUAAUGUCUGUAUACAGUAAUUCUAUUUUUCAAAGAACACAAUAAAAAAUGAAAUAUC